AUGUCCAGCACCAAACUGGAGGAUUCCCUCCCUCGUCGCAACUGGUCAUCUGCUCCGGAGCUGAAUGAAACUCAAGAGCCGUUUUUAAACCCCACGGACUAUGACGACGAGGAAUUCCUGCGGUACCUGUGGAGGGAAUACCUACACCCUAAAGAAUAUGAGUGGGUCCUGAUAGCAGGGUACAUCAUCGUAUUCGUUGUGGCUCUCAUCGGGAACGUCCUGGUCUGCGUGGCGGUGUGGAAGAACCACCACAUGAGGACGGUCACCAACUACUUCAUAGUCAAUCUAUCCCUGGCGGACGUGCUUGUGACCAUCACCUGCCUUCCAGCCACCCUUGUUGUGGACAUCACUGAGACCUGGUUCUUUGGACAAUCCCUCUGCAAGGUCAUUCCUUAUUUACAGACUGUGUCCGUAUCUGUGUCUGUUCUUACGUUGAGCUGCAUUGCCUUGGACAGAUGGUAUGCAAUUUGUCACCCUUUGAUGUUCAAGAGCACAGCCAAACGGGCCCGGAACAGUAUCGUCAUCAUCUGGAUUGUCUCCUGCAUCAUAAUGAUUCCUCAAGCCAUUGUCAUGGAGUGCAGCAGCAUGCUCCCUGGCUUAGCCAAUAAAACCACCCUCUUUACAGUAUGUGAUGAGCAUUGGGGCGGUGACAUUUACCCAAAGAUGUACCACAUCUGCUUCUUUCUGGUGACGUACAUGGCACCUCUGUGUCUUAUGGUAUUGGCUUAUCUACAAAUAUUCCGUAAACUCUGGUGCCGACAGAUCCCAGGAACUUCUUCUGUGGUUCAGAGAAAAUGGAAGCAGCAGCAACAUGUUUCUCAGCCCCGAGGGUCCGGACAGCAGAGCAAGGCCCGGAUUAGCGCUGUGGCAGCUGAGAUAAAGCAGAUCCGAGCGCGGAGGAAAACAGCCCGGAUGCUCAUGGUCGUUCUUCUGGUCUUUGCAAUUUGCUAUCUCCCAAUCAGCAUUCUCAAUGUGCUAAAGAGAGUGUUUGGGAUGUUCACACACACCGAAGACAGAGAAACUGUCUAUGCUUGGUUCACGUUUUCCCACUGGCUUGUGUAUGCUAACAGUGCUGCUAACCCAAUCAUUUACAACUUUCUCAGUGGAAAAUUUCGAGAGGAAUUUAAAGCUGCCUUUUCUUGCUGUCUUGGGGUUCAUCAUCGCCAAGGAGAUCGGCUCGCAAGGGGACGCACAAGCACAGAGAGCAGGAAGUCCCUAACCACACAGAUCAGCAACUUUGAUAACGUAUCAAAACUCUCAGAGCACGUGGUGCUUACCAGCAUAAGCACACUCCCAGCAGCCAACGGGGCAGGACCGCUUCAAAACUGGUAUCUACAGCAGGGAGUACCAUCUUCACUACUGUCGGCCUGGCUGGAGGUCUGAGAGAAGAGGCUGAAUGUCCAUGUGGAGUCUCACCCAUGUCAUCUCAAAGAGAUAAUGGUUUACAAAAACAGCUGCCACUGUGUUCUUAGUGUGAUGUUAAAGAAGAUGGAUUUUAAGGCACUUGUGCGCUUUAUAAGGGACCUGGAUGACUGGAGAUUUCAUUAAAAGUUCUCAGUUACCGAUUUUAUUUACUAAAGUUUCUGUUUUAUGGAAGCAGCUCAUUUUCAAGAAUAACUAUUGCCUGGAAGAAAACUGUUGAAUAAAACUGAUACAUGAAUGAAACUCUGGGAAUGGAAUCAUGAAGUAUGUACAUAUUUCUCAACAUUAGGGCCCAUGAAUUCUGAGUGAUUUGAAUUCAUAUGGUGACCUUUGUAGGAGAAAUGGUUAAAAAAUAAAAGGCGGCCCCAAAACAUAGCAGUGUUAUUGGGGUGUUUAACUACUUACCUCAUUGUGUGCUACUGGCACAGAUGAGGGACUUUAUUGGAACAGUUUAUUUUGGAGCUCAGUUAUGCUGAACAUUGGACAUUGAUCUGCCUUUAUUUCUAUUGUAUUUCAAACCUUCAAUGUGAGAUGUUAAUGUCAUUAAUUUUGUCACUAAUAAGGAUGGUGUAAUAGUUUUAUCAAAUAUAUUUGAGAUUAAUGAUUUAUGAAUUUUUAUUGUAUCAUAAACCUUGACAUUUUGAGUUUAUUCAUUGGGGCUAAAUAUCAUCCCAAGUUUGUGAGAGAAAAAAUGUGAUUCCUAAAUUUUCCACAAUGUGGAAUUAAGUAGCUGUAAAUUAUUGGUAAGUUUAGUGCAAAAGUGUUAGGCACAGUAAUACUCAAUCUUACCCCAGUGCACAUUGAUUCAGGAAGAAUAGCAACUAUGUUCAUCAGUGACAAUAUGAAUGUGUCUAGAGAUGUUAUUAACCAUAACUGAAAUGAGGGCUAUUAGCACUUUGAUACAAUGUAACAAUAUCAGGUUCGCAUUAGCGAUGAAUCAAACAAGCAUCAACGCCAUCUCAAAAUACAUAGAUAGUCCUUACAAUUAGAGACAUUUCAAUGAAACUCAAUUUUCAACAGGUAACUCUUCUCUUUCAUGUCACAACCAAAAGCAUAAAUUCCAUCAGAUUAUUUUCAAACAGUUUUCACAUUGCUUGAUGCAAAAUAAUGAGAUUUGGGGGCAUCAUUAUAUAAGUAUGAAAGUUUUAAUUUACAAUCCAUUCUAUUACUUUAUGCACAGCAGAAAGCAACAGGAACGUGAAAAGCACUGUUAGUCCUCCAAGUUCAAAGGGAAUGUUUUUCCUACAGUUUUCUGCUAUUGAAAAGGGGAACAAAAGACUCCCCAACUUGCCACGUAUUUCUAUUCUUUUAAAUUUUCUUUAUAGACUUUGGAGUUAGGAAAUCUACAUUUUUCAUGAAACGUGUUUCUAUUAUUGUAUCCAUGUAUGUAUCAGCAUGUCAGUUGUUCAACAAGUAUACAUUUAAAGUCCUUUAUGCCUGAUUGUACUGUGUUUUCAUAACUAUCUUUCUUAUUCAAACAAUGUGGCUAUAUGUCUCCCAUUGUGAAGGUCGAAUUAUGUAGUUUUUAAGUAAAAUAUUGCUGAGAAGUCCAUAAUCACAUCUACAUUGUCCUGCUGUACUGUGUGAAAAAUUAUGUUGUUGUUCAAUACAUAAAUUGGAUAUUUGCUCAUAAUUAUUGUCAAGUCUUUGCAGGUAAGGAUUGAAUUAACCCUGAUGCUGUACUUGAUGACCAAAAUAUUUUCCAAUAAGUUUAUAUAACCAGGGAUAAUUAUGAUAUAAAGGGUUUUUAAUAUUGUUUCUAAGAAGGAGGUACUAUAAUAAAGGCUAAUGUUAAAUACACAAAUAUUUCAUAAAAGCUAUAUAAAGCAACAAACUUAUAGAACUAAAAAUUGAAGCUUUUAUCUGAGUCAGAAUUUUCCUGUGUUUGUGACUUAGAAUAUUGAUCCCCUUAAUUUUCAGAUUACUAUCAUAGCCUGCAAAUGCAUGAGUUAAUUUUCACUAGGUAAUUAAACUUUUAAACUAGA